GUAAUCAAUUUAGUUGUUCUGCUUGCAGAGGUGGAGAAACGGUUGUUCAGAUGAUGAAAUGCUGGGAAUUUUCUGUCAUUUUAUGUUGACGAUGAACUGGUAGCGAUGAUCAGUUGUUACUCAAGAGUGAGUUAGACGUGUGACUGUGGCUGAAAUGUGUUUUCGCUGACUCGUGUACUGCUUUCUUCAAAAUUGUAUUGUGCCGACUCGUACUCAAGUGACACGAACAUCAUUGCAACAUGCCUGUCGAUUGCUCAUUAUUCCUGUACAGCUGCAGUCCACCAACUCCAACACACUAUCUGUUGAAGAGCCCAUUUGAAUUCUCGGGGAUGAAAUCGCGGAUGGCCGAAUUGCAUACUUUACCAUCGAGUAAAAGGUCUCUCAAAUCGUGUCUGGCCGGGAAUACAGGAGUGAAAGAAUCAGACACAGUCAUUGAAAAUGAGAUAAAAAUGGCAAUUUUGUCAGAUAUAAAGGCUGUUUCGAAAACAAACGGGAAGGUUAAACUGAAGAAACGAGUGACUUUCGCAGAUUCUAACGGACUGGCUCUUACAUCGGUGCGGAUAAUGCAAGAACCCAGCGACCUACCACCAGCGCUCAAUAUUCAAGCAAUUGGUGACCUUACCAUUGACGAAAUACCACAGCCAUCAGCAACACACAACUAUAUAUUAGAUUUUCGACAGCCGGCAUCGGACUAUCUCGAAUUUCGUGACAAGCUAGAACGACAAAAUGUCAGCUUAGAAAACGUGAUAAUCAAAGAUAACACAACCAUCAUGGGGACUGUUAAAGUUAAAAACAUAUCUUAUCAUAAGACUGUAAAAAUUCGUAUGACUUGUGAUAAAUGGGCCAACUCCAAAGACGUGUCAGCUGUUUACGUUCCGUCGACAUUCGGUGGGCCACUAGUGGGUGCAUCAGCUACACCUGAACGAUAUGAUUCGUUUUCGUUUGAAUUUCAAAUCCCCUCGAAUUCAGAGGCCGAAGUUGUUGAGUUCUGUGUUUUCUUUGAAUGCAAUGGCCAAUUUUUCUGGGAUAACAACGGCGGCACAAAUUACCGAAUCAUAUCUGAACGAUGGAAAACCGUCUCACAACAUGAACAGUUGCAAGAUGAUCUCCGGGAUCUUAGAAUAAAUGACAAUUUGUCUUGGUCUGAAUUUGCGUACUGGAAAACACCACAUACUCUUGAAGAAAACCUGCCCUAUUGGUGACUUGUCGCUUGGUCAUGUUAGUAGAUACUGUCGCGAAGGCUGAAAGUGUACACGAGCGAGGCAUAGUGCGAUCAGCUGGCCAACGCGUGUACUGUUUGUAUCAGCUGUGACCAUGAAAUGAAUGCCUACACAUGCAUAACGCGCAUGAUCGUCUUCGUUUUAGCUGUUGCAUCAGCUUCAGUUUCAUAUAACUUCUAAAGCCAUAAUGGAUUAUUUCGCGAUUUUUUUUGCAUUUCCUCAUUCUGGGCAGUAUAAUAUAUAUGUGUGUGAGAGAACAAAGGUAACUUCAAAACUCGUACGUACUUGCUCGUUAAAACGGAAAACUGCUUGUAUUUUAAAUAGUGACAUCGGCGCUUUACCUGCCAAUAAAGCAAGUUCCAUCGUCUACAUAUUUUCAAUAAGAGCCACUGUAACUGUAGAAUCGAACUCUUCACAUCCUGUAAAUUGUCAUCAUUGCAAAAUGAAAUGGCGUCUUGAAUUGAUCAGUGCAAUUUAAAUCACCUUACUGGUAUAUUGUUGUCAUGGCUUCACAUUUUUACUGGGCAUUUGAUAAUCAAACAAACUAAAUUUCAGUACCUUUUUUUCACAGUUUUAUUGUUGCAUGUACACUUUCGUGAUGCAUAUUGUGUUGGUACGAUAACAGAUUUAAUACAUAAAUAACUUUUGCACACCUCUACAAAUGCGAAGCCAUGCAUUUAGUUUUAAUGACAUUUGUGUUUCCUGUAUUCAUACUGGAAAUGACAAUGUUUGUUUCGCGUUGUUACAUGCUUAAAAAAAGAGCACAUUUAUUUAAUUGAUUUUACAAUGUUAACAAUUAUUUUUUGCAUGAAAUUCUUGAUAAUUAGGGUGGGUGUGAAGGAGAAUAAUUUUGUAUUGAAUGUUUAAUUGUUGUUUAUUUUUGUUUAUACCACUUACACAUGUCUGAUAAAAAAUUAUUGUAAAGUUUAGUCACAAUUUUUUUGUACAUAAUAUGAACUGAAGAUGUCUUAUUGUGAGAAGACAACUUGAAUCUCUUGCUGUGUGUUUAAAGGGGAAGUUUUUGUAGGAAAAAAUUAUUUUUGUUUGUAUCAAAGAAUUGAUCAUGGAUAAUUGAUGCCUCGUCUAGCUUCUUCUUUUUUUGCUGGGAGCAUAACUACCAGUAUCAGUUCCAAAAGGUGUGUGGAUAUUGAGAACAUAAACAGUGGUUGUGAAAUCGUAACACUCAUUCAUGAUUAUUGGUGGACAGAACUUGAAGUUACAGUGGGCAUUUCUGCACAGAUAUGUACAUGUAGUAUAUUUUUUCUAUUUAUUCAUACUGUGCCAGUGACAGCUCCAUAUGAUUUUAUACCGAUAACACAUUACUAGACGAUAACAAUUUAUAGAUAUAUAUUAUAUAUACAACAAGCAGGUUUUGAUUGUUGAUAUUUACAGAACUGUGUGAUCCUUUUUUUUAAAAACUGGACUGAAACCUGUAAGACACUUAGUUCAAUAAUGCAGGUGUUAGUGAAACUUUUAGGUGGACAUGAGUUGUCUAUAUUGUACAACAAUGUUCAUUUAAAUAACACUUUAUUAUACAAAAUUAACUUUUGAAUCUUGUACACACUCUUUGUAAGAAAGCCUUUGUAGUUUUAGUUUUCUUAAUUUUUGUGUGUGAAGUCCUACAACAUAGCUAACAGUAAUUUUAUAUAUUAAAAGGUAUUGGCAAAGGUUCCAGUGAAAA